AUGUACUUAUACCUUAUUCUCAUGAAUUUUAUGAUACCCAAGUUUUAUUUGCAUAAUAAGUUGAAUUCUCUCUACAAAAUAAACAAAAUAUAAGUAAACAUAUUCAAACCUAGCAUUUAAAAUCUAGGUAAUGAUAAGUAUAAUAUUCAAAUGACUCAUCAAAAUGAAGUCUCUCAUGAUCAAGUCAUAGAUUUGGCUCUUCAAUUUAAGGUUCUUUAUUUAACCCCUAUAGAAAAACCUGUAUUUUAAAUUGAAUUUUGUAAUGAUUUAAUCCUCCCAGAACUAAAUUAACCUCUUAUAAAAAGCCAAGGUAGUAUUUAACUGUAAAUUCAAAUAGUUCUAUCUCCUGAUUAAGUGCUUAUAGCCUAAUAGUGUUCAAACUUUAAUGAUGCAAUUAUAAUAUCUCUUGGAACUUUAAUUUGUUUAUUGUUUAUUGGCAAACUAAUCUGA